CUUCUGACUUUGUGGUCAUGGCUACCUGUGAGAAUGACAAUGCAUCAGCCUUCUCUGAUUUACACCACAGAAGAACAUGGCUGUUCCCUCACAACAUUCUUCCAGCGUGUGGAGAAGCAUGAACCAACUCUCAUAUGCAUACGAACAGUAAAAGACCAUGUCUUUGGUGCCUAUUGUUCCACGGCUUGGGAACAGCGCAACCUUAAGGACGAAUUUGGGAACCGACAGACCUACUUUGGAACGGGAGAAUGUUUCUUGUUCAGUCUGCGGCCUACUGUUGCCAAAUACCAGUGGGUUGGCAUAUCUAAGCAGCAGCAGAAUUCAGAAUUGUCUUCAGUGGAACAUUCAUCAGAGCUUUUCAUGCAUGCAGACAGCUACAUGAUCACCAUUGGUGGAGGAAAUGGACAAGGCAUCAUGCUGGACCAAGAACUCCGCUUUGGCAAAACGGAAAAGUGCAACACCUUUGACAAUCCUCCUCUCACACCUGAUGUUGACUUUGAAGUGAAGGUCAUUGAGGUUUAUAGCUUUGCAAACGUAGUAGAGUCAAUCACAGUGUUUACAAAUGUAAAAGAAAUAGAUUGCUUGGUUAGUAUGAAUUUGCCAGUUCAGCCUUGUGGAAGUAGAUUUGUGAUAUUCUUUAUAAGUACAGUAUCUUCUAAGGGUUGUAGGCUGUUGAAUGACCAUUACAUAUCUUUCAAAAGAUAUCAAGCAGUACUUGACAACAAUGGGUUGUUGAAUUUUGUAGAAGUUAUAAAGAUUUCUGUUUGA